UCGAUUCUACCACUAAAGAGGAGAAACAAACAUACAAGUAGGGUGUCAAUUCGAUUACGAGAUGAAGUCGUAUAGUAUUCUGGUGGUUCUCGUUAUCGUACUGCUAUCCACUGAAGCCGCCAUCGUGCAUGGUCAAGGUAAGGGUAACAAUGGGAAUGGCAACAACAAUGGUAAUGGAUAUGGCAACAGCAACAGCAAUGGUAAGGGCAAGGGCAACAGCAAUGGUAAGGGCAAGGGCGACAGCGACGAUGGCAAAGGCAAAAACAAGGGCAAUGGAGAUAAGAAGAAGAAUAAGAAAGACGAUGAUGAAGUGAAUUAUGACAUGUCAUCAUCAGGGACCGGGCAAGAACGAGCCUACUGCAAAGGGAAAAGUGCUUGUUACCAGAAGACCCUUGUUUGUCCAUCUGAAUGCCCUCAGAGGAAGCCUACGAAGAACAAAAAGCAGAAGGCUUGCCAUAUUAACUGCGGCAGCAAGUGCGAAGCCACUUGCAAGUGGAGGAAACCAAAAUGUGAUGGCUAUGGCUCUCUUUGCUAUGACCCUCGUUUUGUUGGUGGUGAUGGAGUUAUGUUCUACUUCCAUGGAGCCAAGGGUGGGAACUUCGCCAUUGUCUCAGAUGAUCAGCUUCAAAUCAAUGCUCAUUUCAUCGGCACUAGACCACAAGGAAGGACUCGUGAUUUCACAUGGGUGCAAGCCUUGGCUGUCAUGUUCGAUACCCACACACUUGUCAUUGCAGCAAAUAGAGUUUCUCACUGGGAUGACAAUGUUGAUGCUCUCAGUGUACGAUGGGACGACGAGACGGUUACCAUCCCUUACGACGGAGAAGGUGAAUGGAGGAAGGGUAACGGCGAUGAAAGACAAGUGUUGGUGGAAAGAACCGAUGACAAAAACAGUCUUCAUGUCAAAAUAUCUGGAUUGGUGGAGAUGGACAUAAGGGUGAGACCCAUUGGCAAAGAAGAAAACAAGGUUCAUAACUAUCAGUUACCAGAUGAUGAUGCCUUUGCUCACUUGGAAACACAGUUCAAGUUCACCAACUUAAGUGAUGAAGUUGAAGGAGUGUUGGGAAAAACAUACCAGCCAGAUUAUGUUAGCCCAGUGAAGAGAGGGGUGGCUAUGCCAAUGAUGGGUGGGGAAGACAAGUACCAAACCCCAUCACUCUUUUCACCUUUCUGCAAGGCUUGCAGGUUUCAGAGGCCAUCUGGAUCAGUUGCCACCAUCUGAACUGAGUUUGAUAUUCUCCAUCUCCAAGCUGAUAAUAAUCGACACACACAAUAAAUUUGUUCUCUAAAAUAAACCAAUAUGUGUCAAUUAUGUCGUUUUACAUGUUUUUACCUUAAUUUUUUUUCUAUUGUAAAAUAAUAAGGGCCAUAUGAAAAUUACCCACUGAAUAAACAACAAAACACUAGUCUUAUUUUUCAAUGCUUAA